CUGAAUUAAAUGACAAACCGUGAAGCGGAUAUAACCGUGUGUUGGUGAAGUGAUACUGUUUCCAGUGUUCGGGGUGCACCUGGAUUUCUGAAGUACAGCAUUUAAUGGAAAACAACAAACACACACACACACAUACGAUAACACAACAAGUCUGCGUCUGUGUAAAAUAAUAGCCAGUGCGCAAUGAAUCCUGUCUUGAAAAGAUCUACCUCAAUUAAAGUGAUAAGAAUGUGUAAGAUAGGCAAACUGCGUGGCUAGGAGUCGAGCCAGCACAUCAAUACUGUAUUCCGAGUCGGAGAGCUUGUUUCACAAUACAAAUUACACAGAGGAUAUUCAACUGUUCCAGGAUAUUGUGUUUCUCAAACUAUUUUGCAAGUUACCACCGCGUCAGGAGCUUGUUUACAGUUUAAGAAUUUAACAAACACAGAACACAGAUAUUGUGGAUAUUCUUCAUAAACGGAUAUCACCAAAUCUGGAAUCGGUAAUUUGUAUAAAUACACAGAAAAUGUUCUUGAGGAUUUUAUCAUAAGGGAUAUGGAAUCGAUUUACAGCUGACAAUUUCAUGGUAUAAAUAAAUACACACAAACUACAGACAUUUCUGGAUAUUCCAUGUGAAGACAAGAAAACGGAUACACCAUCAAAUUCUGGAACCGGUAAGAAAUAUUUCACAAUAUCAAUGAACAUCUCAAAUAUCUGGAUAUAUAUACAUAUCAUAAGGCUCAUGUAACAGACUAUCACCAAAAUCCAGAACCAAUGUGGAUUUAAACAAAAACAAACACAUUUGCCAAAUAUAUCCAUCAAAUACCGUAACAGGAAAUACUCAACGCGGAUUUUGUUUUGUUCAUCCUCUGCAUUGUAAGUGACAUGCACGUUCCUCCCCUGGAAAUAAUUCACAUUACAUCGAUUUGGUGUCGAGUUACUAAACUGAUUAAAGGCGACUCAGCGAAGUAUUCGGCAUUGGCAUAGGAUGUGACAGAGAGGAAAUGAUUUGACAAUGAUGGCCGCAAAGGGAUAAUUGCUGGCUGUUAGCUGUACCCUGAUGUGGUUUUUACACCAACUGCUUCUACAAUUUUACUAAACUUCACCAUGUCCGGAGUGUACGUAAAUCUACUCGUUAUAGGAAUGCAGUAUUUAGUUUGCAGAGGAGAAAUAAUGGGUCAAGGGGGACCGAAGCUCACCGUGGAAUACUCGCGUUUCCUUGUCUUCAAAGCCCGCAAAAACUGCCUGGAGGAGCAGAAACAGACACCCCACCCCGGGGAUGGGUUAUACUGCAAUAUAACGUUCGACAACUUGCUGUGUUGGCCGUACACCCGAGCGGGAGAGGUAGCGACACAGCGCUGUCCAGACUACAUCAUCGGCUUCAACACGCAUGACUUCGCCACGAAGAAGUGCGAGGACACGGGUCUGUGGCAGUACAGAAGUGACCUGAACUCCGUGUGGACCAACUUCAAGCCGUGCUAUGACCACGAUCGGUCCGGUCACCCCUCUGUCCAUCCUUUGAUAGAGAAACAUAUCCACAUCAUCCAGUUGCUGUCCACAAUCGGAUACAGCAUAUCCUUGGGAACUCUUCUCAUAGCUGUCUUUCUCAUGCUCAUUUUCAAACAACUUCACUGUCACAGGAACACCAUCCACAUCAAUUUAUUCAUGUCAUUCAUCUUGCGAGCUAUCAUUAUGCUCCUUAAGGACUUUCUUGUACAGGGAGUUGGAUUUGACAGUGACAACAGUGAAGGGGUUAAUGGAAGCCAAUUUAAUGAUGUUGGAUCGCACUGGGAGUGUAAGCUGUUCUUCACGAUGUUUCAUUACGCACUGGGCGCCAACUACAUCUGGAUCUUCGUGGAGGGUCUCUAUCUGCACACCAUCAUAUUCGUGGCCGUCUUCAACCAGAAAACCAUCUUCAAGUUCUACAUCGCAAUAGGAUGGCUGUUACCGUUGACUUUCGUCAUACCUUGGGUAUUUGUUAGAAUAUUCCUACAGAAUACACUGUGUUGGAAUACACACGAAGGCGGUUACUACUGGAUUAUGAGGGGGCCAAUAACAGCAAGUAUAUGUAUAAACUUUUUCUUCUUUAUCAAUAUAAUACGAGUGUUGUUCACGAAACUGAUGGCGACCAACACGCGGGACCCUAGAAGAUACCGGAAAUUGGCAAAAUCGACGCUAGUGUUGAUUCCACUGUUUGGCGUGUAUUACAUCCUGGUCAUUCUCAUUCCUGACCAGGUGGAACCCAAAAUAUAUUUAAUAAGAUUCUACAUAGAGACCAUCCUCAACUCGUUCCAGGGUGUUAUGGUUGCCUUCCUGUUCUGCUUCCUGAAUGGCGAGGUUAAAAAUGAGAUAAAGAAGAAAUGGCGGCGGCGUCAGCUACGACGUGAAAGCUGCACGAGGACGUCACGUGCGUUUUCAAUGACGUCAUUCGCCGUGCGCGACAGCGUCUCACAAAUACAGAUGCAUGACAUUUUCCGCAAUGCAUCUUCUCCAAACUUUGCCUGCAGAGGCAGUAUUUCGUCAGAACGUGUCCACGUGGCCAACAACUCGUCUCCACAGUUAAAUUUUAACGGAGACUUGCACUACGUCGACUCCAAGAUCCCAACCAAUCAGGGAGAAGUGCCCGCGAAGAUUCCAGCCAAUCACACAGAAGAGAACGAUGACAAGGCGAAUCAAAAUGGCGGCAAAUUGAUUCACGGGAAUUGUAAGAGAGUGGAACUAUCUCGCGUCUCGGAGGAAUCUGAAGAGACGUCGCCAAUGUUGCUGUAGAGUGUACGAUGUCAACGACCACGUGGCCUUAUUAGGAAGCCUGUUAAGAAGCAUGUUGUGAUAUGUAGAUACUUGAAUAUUGUUACAAUAUUUCUUAUUUUAUUAACGGAGUAUUUGAGAUGCAUGUACAAAUGUAUAUAAUAUAAUGUACAUGUUAAUAAUAUGUUGUAUACAAAAUGAGAUAAACAUUUAACAAGGAAAUACUCAGUUAUCAAAUUUGAACAUUUAUCGCACUGUUGGAGAAUUGUUAUAGACUAUAA